AUGUCCGUCCGUGCUCUCCUCACCACCGGUCUUCUGGCUGCCGGUGCCGUCGCCAGCCCUCAAUGGGGUGGCAACAACGGCUGGGGCAAUGACAAGACUGUAACUGUCACGAAAACCGUUACCAGCAGCCACGUCAGCACCGCCACCAAAACCGUCACCGCCACCGGCUCUUGCAAGCCGUCAAGCGUGACGAGCUUCAGCACUUCCAGCUCCACCUCCCACUCGAGCUCGUCUUCGCACUCUACCUCCGCCACGUCCUCCGCCACAAGCUCUGCAACAUCUUCGGCCUCCAAGUCUGGAUCCAGCUCCGGCUCCAGCUCUGCCAGCUCUGCUAGCUCUUCAAGCAGCAGCGUAGUCGCUACAACCACCACAUCGUCCGCGACGAACACCAACCCAACCACUACUCUUGUGGCGACUGCGACCGCUACUGGCCUCGACACUGCUGCAAAGGCCGCUGGUAAGCUUUGGUUCGGUACCGCCGCCGAUAUCCCAGGCACUGGCGAGGCUCAGGACCCAUACUGGUCUGCUGAAUUCAACAGCAGUGACUUCGGCGAGGCUACGCCCGCUAAUAUCAUGAAGUACAUGUUCACCGAGCCAGAGCCGGGUGUUUUCGACUACACUGGCGCUGAGCAGUUCCUUGACUUCGUCGAGGGUACUGACAAGCUCGUUCGCUGCCACAACUUGAUCUGGCAAUCUGAGCUCCCAACCUGGAUCACCAGCCCCAAUGUUACCUGGACCAACGCUACUCUCUCUGCUGCCCUCCGCCGUCACGUCACUACCCUGAUUGAGCACUUCGGUGACCGCUGCUACUCAUGGGAUGUGGUCAACGAGGCUUUCUCCGACAGCCCAGCUGGUGCAUACCAGAGCAACAUCUGGUACAACACUAUUGGUGCUGCUUACGUCGUUGAAGCUUUCCAGGCCGCCACCGAUGCCGUCAAGGCCAGCAACUUGAAUGUCAAGCUCUACUACAACGACUACAACAUUGAAUACCUAGGCAACAAAUCGUACGCUGCCCAGAACCUCGUCAAGGACCUCAAGAACCGUGGCAUCCAGAUCGACGGUGUGGGUCUUGAGUCUCACUUCAUCGUCGGCGAGACCCCAGACAAGGCUUCCCAGCAGGCCAACAUGCAGGCUUUCAUCGAUCUUGGUGUCGAUGUCGCCAUCACCGAGCUUGAUGUCAGACUCAAUGUCCCCGCUACCGCCGCCACUGAGGCCCAGCAAGUCCUGGACUACUACAACUCCGUCGCUGCCUGUGUUGCUGUCGGAAAGGGCUGCAUUGGUGUGACUGUCUGGGACUUUGAUGAUACUUACUCUUGGAUCCCAGGUACCUUCCCCGGCCAGGGUUACGGUGACCUGUUCCUCCAGCCAGGUGGCGCCAACACAACUCUUGUCAGGAAGGCGGCUUACGACGGUGUCCUCCAGGCUCUUACUGGUGCCCCUGAGUCGUCUGCUUAG